AUGACGGAAAUAGCGCCAAGACGCCUUAUCAUUGAGAAGAGUAUAGAUUUAAAAGAAGGAAUGACGGUGACCGUAAACUGGCAAGGAAGAAAAGUGCCUGCUGAAAUAUUAGCCUUAAGUGGUAAGUAAUGCCUUUCAUCCUGUAUCGUACAGACAAGUGCGUCGCUUUUCACAUUAAAUUACAUGGCAGAAUUAGGUUCACAGGAAUACAUUCUUGUAAGUCAGUUUUAUUGCAAACACUCGCUUAAGUGACUAGCUCUUAUUAGAAACAAAGUACAUCUGAAACAAUUUUGUUGAAUAAGUGGAACUGAUCAGUUAAUAUCCGUGAUUUCAACGGGCUUGUACAAACUAGUGGGCGAGAAAGUUUUCACUUCCUGUAGUAUAAUCACUUGAAAUUAGUGCUAUGAUACUGUAACUAAUUGUCAUACUUACACGUUGGUUUUGUAGACAAGGAAGAAGUCUUAAAUCAUAAAGACAUUCAGUGCUGCGAAAAAAAACUUGCCACCAUUACCCAAUCUAGAAAGCAACCAACAGACGGAGUCAGACCCCGAGGUACAACAACCGUCCCAGAAGAAUGAUGUAGAGCGGCCCAACAAGUCAACCAAGGUAAUUCUGAUUAUCACAAAGUGCUCUUUUGUAGUAUAGUGUUUUAUAUAAUAUUGAACGCCAUUCAAACGCCAGCACAUCAUAAUUGUAAGUGGUAUUUUUACCGUCUCGUUAAGGUUAACCAAUUAAAAUGAUGUAAUGCACGAACUGCGUAGUGUAAUGGUCUAUUACAGUUUUCUGUUAGUGCGCAUUUACCAUCUACAGCAAAUGCAUAAUAAUUUUUGAAUGACUACUUGUUAAUAACCCAAAUAUCAGAGUCUAAGAUCACUCUUGCACGCAAACAAAGCGAAUGAGCAUGUAACGUUGAAUUAUUACAAUAAGUUGUUAGCUGUUAUACUCCCAUAGUAGACUUUCGUUUUAAUAAAUAUGUUGUAUUGGUCUUUCAGGUGAAGACUGGGCGGACAAAACUUUCCGCUACCCCCAGUGACCCAUACCAAGAGUUUCUGGCAGAAGAGAAGAAAAGAGCGGCAGAGUGGUGCGAGCAAACCAAAGCAAAGAAAGCAAGAAAUGAGGAAAAGGAGCCCAAGAGUUCCAGUGCUAGUGUGACCGCAGAAGAAGUUACUCCCAUAAAGCUUCAACUGGAGUCCAAAAACCGAGAAUGUGCUCUUCUGAGGGACCAGCUGCUGGUACAAGACACCGUAUUUAUUCGACUAUAAGCCGACCUUGGCUAUAAGCCGACACCCUGAACUCAUGAGACAUGAUAGUCGGCGAAAGCUUUAGGAAAAAAAUCGGAAAAAUAUCGGCUAUAAGCCGAGACCAAGGUUUCUUCACAAAAAGUUACUUGAGGCCUGACCCCUGUUUUGCAGCCAUUAGACAAGUGCUUGAACAAGCCCUUCAAAGAUAACGUCUGAAGAAAGUACUUUGCAUGGAUGAUCAGGGGCCUGUUCGACUAUACUCCGGCUGCAAAGAAGAAGGUGCCUUCGAAAAAUCUUGUACUUCGAUGGUUGCAUGAAGCAUGGCGAGAGAUCUCGGUGGAGAUGGUUGCUAAGUCCUUCAAGACCUGUGGAAUCUCCAACUCUUUGGAUGGAACUGAGGAUGACAAGCUGUACACUGAAGAGGUGCAGGAAAUCGACGACAACGAAGAAGACAACGAGUUCGAGACAGAGAGUGAAGCUGAGAGCGAUGGCGAGUAA